AUGGGCAAAAAAGUCAAAGACCAAGUCUUCGCCUUCGACCGAAUAUUCGACGAGAACGCCUCCCAGGUGGAGGUCUACGAAGGAACAACAAAGGGCCUCUUGGAUAGUGUCCUCGACGGCUACAACGCGACUGUCUUCGCCUAUGGCGCCACCGGCUGCGGCAAAACCCACACAAUUACCGGAACACCCCAGUCCCCAGGCAUCAUCUUCCUCACCAUGCAGGAGCUGUUCGAAAAGAUCAACGAGCGCAGCGGCGAAAAGCACACAGAGGUCACCCUCUCCUACCUCGAAAUCUACAACGAGACUAUCCGGGACCUGCUCGUGCCUCCUGGCAGCGCCACCAACAAGCAAGGGUUGAUGUUGCGUGAGGACUCGAAUCAAGGAGUCAGCGUUGCCGGUCUGACGAGCCACAAGCCCAAGGAUGUGCAGGAGGUCAUGGACAUGAUAGUGCAAGGCAACGAGUACCGCACCGUAUCCCCCACCGCCGCCAACGCGGUCUCGUCACGCUCACAUGCUGUCCUGCAAAUCAACGUGGCGCAAAAGGACCGCAACGCCGCCGUCAACGAACCCCACACCAUGGCCACGCUCUCUAUCAUCGACUUGGCCGGAAGCGAGCGCGCCAGCGCAACCAAGAACCGCGGCGAGCGGCUGCUGGAGGGCGCCAACAUCAACAAGUCCCUCCUCGCGUUGGGCAGCUGCAUCAAUGCGCUCUGCGACCCGCGCAAGCGCAACCAUGUCCCUUACCGAAACAGCAAGCUGACGAGGUUGCUCAAGUUCAGUCUUGGCGGUAACUGCAAAACGGUCAUGAUUGUAUGCGUGAGCCCGUCGAGCGAGCACUUUGAUGAGACGCAGAACACGCUACGGUACGCGAACCGGGCCAAGAACAUCCAGACAAAGGUCACGCGGAACGUGUUCAACGUCAAUCGCCACGUCAAGGAUUUUUUGGUCAAGAUUGACGAGCAGAUGGCACUCAUCAACGAGCUCAAAGCCCAGCAGCGCGAUGCCGAAAAGGUCUUCUUCGCAAAAUUCCUCAAGCAGAGCGAGAAGCGCGAUACCGUGGUACGAGAGGGCCUGGCCAGGCUGCAUGCCGCCUACGAACAUGCUGAGAAGGACCGCAUGGAGGUGAUUGGGUUCAUGAAGCAGCAGCGCGCCAUUGAGCGAAGGAUCGGCUUGCUGUCGUCUUGGAUCGCGGCCUUUGACUCCGUUUGCGAUGCGCGCGGGUGCGCCAGUGAAAACGAGAUGCCUGCGCCCUUGACAGCCAUCCGCAGGACUGCUAUCGGCAUGAUAAACGAGCUCGAGACCAACAGGAACCACGUACACCAGCGCCUGGGGAGGUGUAACUGGGAAAGGUCCCUCGAUACGGCGCUUCAGCACAGUAUCUCGCAGUUACCUGCUAUGGGCGGAAACGGCGAAGGUUGCAAUGCCGAAAGGGACAUCCUCGCGCGGGAGGCGGAGUUGCUGAGAACCGGAUUCAUGCGCGAUGCGUACCAUGAGGUGGUUGAGCAGGAUAAGGCUGGUGAUGCAGCGGUCUUGCAGACGCUGCUGAUGGCGCAGUUUGAGAUCAUGGCCAGCCUGGAGGAGUUGUUGAAGAUGGAGGAGCGACAGGCGGUGGAGCAUGCGAAGGGAAUGGUGAACCGACUGUUGGAGACGGGACUUCAGGCGGCUGGGCAGGUUGUCAAGCCCGAUGGAAGUCUUUCGACGGCUGGGUAUCAGGGAUUAGGACUCAACGUGCCCAAACUUAGGAGGAAGAGCGGUGGGAUCAAUGGCGCAAAGGCGAUUCCCCAACCGGUGUUUACUCCCAGUGCGGCGGUGAGUACGGCAACUUCGACUUCGACCGAGACUGCUAUGGACAUCUCGAUAGAGGAGCCGGAAGCGGAGACAGAGGCGCCAAUGGAGAACUGGGAUGGGGAGACGGUUCCUCAUCUUUCACCGGUGAAGGCCAGGAAGGUCGCCUACGCAGCGUCCAAAAAGGCCGGUACGUCGUUUACAUUCACGCCUGUAAAGAAGAAGCACUCUGUGCGAUGGAGAGAUGAUGAGACGGAGGAAGGAACACUGGCCGACUUCGACAAAACACCGCAAAAAUGGGACUCCAGUCCAGGCGAGCCUGAGAAUGGCAUCUCGCCUGUGCGGCCGUCGAUGCCGACCCCCCCGCCUCCACAGCGAGAUAAUACCGACGAAGACGUGGAGAUGGACGAUGGAAGCGGGCCAGCGGCGCCAUCGAUUCUAGAUCUCUCAGGGUUGUCUAUCGGCAAGCCGAACAGGUUCGAAGCUGGAUUCUUGUCCAAGUCUAGGACCUCGCUGGCUGGAUCAACCCCCGGAGCGACUAUCACUGGCAACGGGGUCCUUCAGGCACAGCCACCACCGGUCUUUAGCUUGAAUCUGGCCAACAGCAAUAAUGCUACUUCACAGCAGAACGGGGGUGGUGAGGAGAAACCGGCACAGCCCUUGAGGAGUAUCCCCGUAAGUCGAGCAGCUAAUGCCUACUCUUCCCCGGUCUCGUACUCCGCCAAGGCACCGAACGCGGCUUCUUCGAGCACGAACACGAUGAACACGAUGAACAACGGCAACCACGAUAGCAGCCCGAAGAUUCCAACCCCACCAUCAAUGUCUUCCUUACCGCAAGUCGACGAGAACCAGCCGCCCGUCGCCGUGCGCAAGUCUUCCUCUCGAUUGUCACUCGGUUCGGCGAUCCCGCGCCGCCUCUCUACCUCGCCCCGUUCGGCUUCUGGCGGCUCGACGGACUCGGAUAACUCCCUAGUCAUCGACCCCCUCAAACUCAGAUCGGCCCUGCAGGAGAAGAAGCGUCGCGACAGGCUUAGCUUGAUGUCGGGCACCGCAGCGUCGAUCGCCAAAGCCAAGCGAAGGGCAUCUAGUGCAGCCCCGGUUUCGAACGGCGGUAACGGCGGUAACGGCGGCGGUAACGGCUCGGCUUCGACUCCAGGGCCAGCGGCGUCCCGACCAAACGUCGCCAAAGUCUCACAUAGAGCCAGCGUCGGCCAUGGCAGGUCCAGCAUCGGCGGCCACAGAGCCAGUUUCGGAGGCAGUCUGCAUGGAAGAGCCAGUAUGGGCGCUCACCACCGGGCUAGCAUCGGUGCAGGCGGCCAUCACCCUGGACUCGGAGGCGCUGGACGGAGAAGCAGUAUGGGCGUGGGCCCGGGCGGUCCGCUGGCUAGCGCCACGAACGGUAUCUCGAGGCAUCGGAGGGGUAGUAGUACUCUGGAGAAGUCGGGAGCGGCAGCGGCGUCUGCCACUAGGAAGGGCGGGAUUCCGUUGCCGACUAUCUCGGGCUCGCCUCCUGUUAGAAGCGGGACCGGGACGAGUGCGACAGGGUUGGCGGCCAGGAGAGUCAGUUUGGGCCCCAAUAACUCGUGGUUGGUGGAGAGCGGGAUCAUGCCGAACUCGGGGUCGAAAAGUGGAAGUGCUGGUCUGACGAAUGCUCAGCCUAGGAGGUUGGGAAUGGGGAUUAAUGGGAAUGGAAGUGGAAGUGGCAGGAGUCCAAAUGGAGACGAAGACAACUCUGCAUCCUCUGCAUCGGGGAUGAGCAGGCUGAGCAUGUUCGGUUCUUUUGAUGGUAAGAAUAGGAGAACUACCAUUGGGGCUGGGCUGAUUGUUAGGAAGUCGGGGUCUUCCCUUUGGCAGUAA